AGUCGGAGACCGUCGAGCCGCGGCCGUAGUGCAGAAGAGAGCUUUGUGCUUGCGAUCAGGUUUUCCUCUCGGGUUUUUCUCUCGGGUUUUUUUUUGUUGUUGUUGUUGUUGUUGUUGUGUUUGCUAAAGAGUGAAGACAACUCGUGGUUCUCGAGAUGUCGGAUUUUGACAGCAAUCCCUUCGCGGAUCCCGACUUCAGCAACCCUUUUCAGGACCCGUCAGUGACACAAGUAACGCGGAGCGCCCCCCCUGGCCUGGAGGAGUAUAACCCUUUCACACAUACCAAGCCUGCGGCCGGGCCCAAAACCGUCCCCCCGACCACCAACACGCAGCCGGCCAUCAUGAAGCCCACCGAGGAGCCGCCAGCCUACUCCCAGCCCCAGCAAACGCAGGACCAGGUACGAGCACAGGCAGAGCUGAUGAGGAGGCAGGAGGAGUUGGAGAGGAAGGCCGCAGAGCUCGACCGCAGGGAGAGGGAGAUGCAGUCGCUCAAUGCCUCAGGGGGAAGGAAGAACAACUGGCCUCCCCUCCCAGAGAAGUUUCCAGUGGGUCCGUGUUUCUACCAUGACAUAUCCGUGGACAUCCCAGUGGAGUUCCAGAAAACCGUGAAGAUCAUGUAUUACUUGUGGAUGUUCCACACGGGGACACUCCUGCUCAACAUCCUGGGCUGUCUGGCAUGGUUCUGUGUGGACUCGAUGCGGGGCGUGGACUUCGGCCUGGCCAUGCUCUGGUUCAUGCUCUUCACACCCUGCUCCUUCGUCUGCUGGUACAGACCUCUGUACGGAGCCUUCAGGAGUGACAGCUCUUUCCGGUUCUUUGUGUUCUUUUUUGUGUACAUCUGUCAGUUCGGAGUCCAUGUUAUGCAGGCCAUUGGUAUCACAGGGUGGGGCACCAGCGGCUGGAUCUCGGCGCUCACGGCCCUCAAUAAGAGUAUUCCUGUGGGGAUUAUAAUGAUCCUGAUUGCUGCUCUCUUCACUGCCUUAGCGGUCAUCUCUCUCAUCAUGUUCAAAAAGGUGCACGGGCUGUAUCGGACCACUGGCGCCAGCUUUGAGAAGGCCCAGCAGGAGUUUGCCACUGGCGUCAUGUCCAACAAGACUGUACAGACGGCAGCAGCCAACGCCGCCUCCAACGCCGCCCGGGGAGCCUUCAAAGACCAGCUCUGAUUGGCCCAGAGAGAGAAGAGCCUGCCCUCCCAUGCUCCUCCUACUUCCCCUCCUUUUCAUUCUAAUUGUAGUCACAUGACCUCUCAGAUAUCCGUCAGCCUUGCCUGUCUGUGAUGUGGAGGAUUCUAAGCCCCACCCUCUUCAUUGACUUAAUGCACUUCAGUGGUUGACUGAGACUCCGCCCCUCUCCUCCUGUCAUUCGGCAGGUGUGCUCACCUGACACAUUACUCUCGGUGUGUGCGUGCGGGGUGUGUGCGUGCAUAAGCAGUGUUUUUGUGUGUGUGAACACCAGAGUCGGUAAUGCAGCGGGAUGGGACGUCUGUGACGCCUUAAAAAAAAGAAAGAUUUAAAAAGAGAGAAAUUUGUUGCCAGGCGCGGUCACCUCCUGCUGUGUACAGACCCCAGGUCAAAAGCAAGUUCCACACCAACCUCGCUGACAGAUGCACUCACUCCCACUCCCGAUCCGUCACUCACUAGCACUGUUGUUCCUGCAGCGCUCUGAUUGGCUCAGAGGAAUGUCCACCACCGUGUCCCGACAGGUGGUUCAGCGGGUCAUUGGUCGCUCGGCGUCUCCUGAUCCGUCUGUCCCCCUCUUUUCUGCUUUUUGUGAAGGACCGCGUCAGUCCUGUCACAGGCCUACAGGAAGCCCCGCCCCUCCCCGACGCCUGUACAUACACAGUCUUCCCUGCUUACCUGUAAGAGUAUUGGCUGAUUUCAACUGAUUUCAAACAUGCGAAAGUUCCUGAGUGUCUCCAGCCUUUUCUACUGAUGCUGUGGUUUGGGUUUCGUUUUUGUUUUGUUUGUGUUUAUUUUAUUUUAUUUUUUUUGGUGGUGUUUUGGAGGGGGGGGGGGGGGGGGCGUUUUCUCCUCCCUCCAGACAUGUGACUCUCAGGACUCUGCUGUUUGUGAAAUCUCGCAUGAGAAGCUUGCUAAGGUCACCGGGGCUCUGGGCUGCAGGACGAUUGGCAGGACACGGGGCACUGGGAGAGAAGCUGCAGUUAGAAACCCUGCUCCUCAUCCGUCUACCCAAACACAACCCCCCUCCCAUUCUAUUAUGGCACGUUCCAGAACAUGUAUCCAGAGAAAUUGGUUUACCAACACGCUAGCACACAUUGUGGUGCGUAUGUGGGUGUGUGUAUGCAUAUGUGUGUUGAGGGAGAGAAAGGGUGUUAAAUUUUAAGCGUGUUUAUCUAUUUAACAUCACUGGGGUAUACCACUCCUGUUUCUGAUUGGUGGAAUAAUGAGUUGAGCGGUGUCUGUUGUUCUUGUGAAGCCAUGCUGGCCUGAUGUGAUCGCUGCUCACGCUUUAGCUCUUAAAGGUGGAUUCAGAUACCCCUUGCGGUUUUACAUCAUCUUUGUUUUGGUUUUUGUUUUCUUUUUAAAUUAAUGGAAUGGUGAACCUUGUAGCCUUGGUGACUGUCACCUAGAAACAGUCAGGUCUCACAAUUAUGGGAUGUAACUAUCAAGACUGCUUUAAAUGUCUCAGUCCUUUAACUGUUUGGCGUGUGCGUGUGUGUGUGUGCGCGUACCUGCGUGCGUGUGUGUGUGUGUGGGGUGGGAAGGAUGGCUAAAGUCACCUGUUUUCAGUAUUGAGUCUUAACCUAAGGUGAACUGCAUGGCUAAUUGAGGACUCAGACUCCUGUGACGUCUUCAGUUCAUCGCUUAAUUUUGAAAUCUAAAUUCACUAGUGUGUGCUCCAGGUUUCUCAGACCAACAAUGUCUUGAACUGUCCUCCUCUUUUGAUCUGUGUGUUUGUGUGUGUGUAUGGAUGUGUGUGUGUGUGUGUGUGUGUGUAUGGAUGUGUGUGUGUGUGUGUAUGGAUGUGUGUGUGUGUGUUGGAGAGAUAUAGAUGUGUCUGAGAGAAAGUUACAGCAAGCUGUUCUUCCUUUUAUAAAUAAAUUUCAACAAAUGCCA